AAUUCAAUUAAACAAAAAGGGUUGUUUUUAGGAGUAGAGAAACAAAGGGUUUUUUUAGGAGUAAGGGAGACAAAGUCACAUAGAGGCUAGGCUGCUCUUCAUAGUUCAUACGUUUUGCUUCAGCAAACCUAACAGACAAAAACGUAGAGACCCCCUUCGCUCCAUCGCUCUCGGAUAAAACCCUCACUCUCUCUUGCUUCCUCACGGCGGCCACGAAAGCGCGUCCGUUCUCUCCCUCUAAUCGCUCUCUCCAGCAAACAACGAAAGACACAAAGGGUUAUUCUCUAAGUCUCCAAUUCCAUCGGCAUGGUGUUUCCCGUGGUAACUGUAAUGGGCUUGAAUUUUUGGGCAAGUGGAUUUUUGGUUCCUUCAUUGCUCGCUAAAGGAUAAACUUCUGUUUUUGGGAUUUAUAGAUUUGAGUCUUCGGAGAGAUGAGGGUCUUCUGAGAGUUUUAUUCGGGGACUGCAAAUCCAUCUCUCAUUGAAGAUGGAGGCGUAGAGAAGCCCUUAUAGUUCUUACUAAUCUUUUCUUCGUUAUUGCUAUUGUCAUUGCUUUCUCUGCGUUGGCAUUGUAAACACAGAAAAGAUUGCUCAUCCGAGUCGGGCCUCCAGGAUUGAUACGUAUUGUACAGAGAGCAGAAACCCUAGUAUAAUUUUGAGGGUAUAUCUUAAUUGUUCAACUGGAGGUCGGAGGGUUUCACUUGUACAGGUGCCUCUGGAUUCUGUGUUUUUCCCCAGUCAUUUCAAUCCCCAUAAUUGAAUCAGUAGUGAGGUUUCAGGAUUUUUCUUUGUAUCGAUUAGCGGGUCUAGACAAGUGAUUUUGUUGGCUAAGGUGCAACUGAAACGAGCUUCACCUUCUGGUUAAUGGUUAGGCUGGAUUAAUUUUGUACAGUAACAUAGCAAUUUUGUUGGGAAACUUUGAUGGAAGUGAAGUGAAGUGAAUGUAAUUUGAAGGCAUAUCGUAUUGGGAUUGCUUUUUCAAUUCUCUCUGAUCAUGUUCAACGUCCGUUAUGGAAAGAAGUGAGCCUACAUUAGUUCCAGAAUGGCUGAAGAGUACUGGAAGUUUAACUGGGAGUGGCAGUACAGCCCAUCAUCUUUCAUCUUCAGAUGAGCAUAAUUUGCCACUUCACACAAGGAACAGAUCUUCAGUGAGCAAUAGUGAAUACGAUUCUUCUCGUUCUACAUUUUCAGAUCGAUCCUCUUCAAACUAUUCUCGUAGAAGUUCUUGCAGUAAUGGCUCUAUACAUGAUAAGGACAUAUCUUCCUACUCACGGUCGUACAGUAGUUUUUCCAGGAGUCACCGUGACAGGGACAGGGAGAAGGAUCUCCUUGACCUUCGUGAUAAAGAUCGGUCAGUGCUGGGGGAUUACAGAGUCCGAGACUAUUUCGAUCCUUUGGAUAACAUCCUUACGGGUAGGAUUGAGAAGGAUACAUUGAGGCGCUCACAGUCGAUGAUAUCAGGGAAGCGAGGUGAGGGCUGGCUCAGAAGAGUAGCAGCUGACUCUAACAAUGGGAGCAACAACAGUAACAAUCACAGCAACAGCGAUGGUUUGCCAAGUGGGGGCACUAUUGUUAGCAGCAUUCACAAGGCUGCAUUUGAAAGGGACUUCCCCUCCCUUGGCGUCGAAGAAAGACAAGCAGGAGCUGAUAUAGGGAGGGUCUCUUCCCCAGGUUUGAGCACAGCAGUUCAGAGCUUGCCAAUAGCUACUUCGGCUGUGAUUGGGGGUGAUAGCUGGACCUCGGCAUUGGCAGAGGUACCUGUGAUCAUUGGAAGCAAUAGCAUGGGAUUGUCAUCAGUUCAACAAAGUGCUCCUGUAACUUCAUCCUCUGUGGUAUCAAGCACGUCAACUGGUCUUAACAUGGCUGAAACAUUGGCACAAGCUCCUGCACGAGCUCGGACUGCGCCCCAGUUGUCUGUCGAGACGCAGAGACUAGAGGAGCUUGCCAUAAAGCAAUCAAGGCAGUUGAUUCCUAUGAUGCCUUCAAUGCCUAAAGCCUCGGUACUCAGUCCUUCAGAGAAACCAAAACCCAAAAUUUCUGCAGUAAGGACUGGUGAAUCAAGCAUGGCUAUAAAGAUUGGGCAGCAACAGCUCCCAUCUUCACACCUUGUUAAUCACUCUUUACGGGGUGGAGCUGUGAGAUCUGAUGUUCCAAAGACAUCUCAUGGUGGGAAACUUCUUGUACUCAAAGCACCUCGAGAGAAGAAUGGUGUUUCACCUACUGCCAAGGAUGGAUUGAGUCCCACAAAUGCCAGCAGAGUAGUAAAUAAUCCGCUCGCUGUUGCUCCUUGUGCCACAGUGGCUCCUCCAUUGAAGAGUCCAAGCAACCCAAAACUUGGCACUGCUGAGCGCAAGGCUCCUUCUCUGUCUGUUAUUCAUGGACCCAGUGUGGAGAAGAGAACUACAACUGCACAAGCUCAGAGCCGGAAUGAUUUCUUCAAUCUCAUGAGGAAAAAAACUUCGAUAAAUCUUUCUUCUGCUGUCCCAGAUGUGAGCCCUUCUGUUUCAUCAUCCGUCUUAGAGAAGUCGAGUGAUCUAGUCAGAGAAACUGCUACUACUCUAGUUAGUCCUCAGUGUUGUGAUGCCCCUUCAUCAGAUCCCUCUGCUGUGGAUUGGUCAUCUGAGAAUGGGGGAGACAUAACCAACAAUGGUGGUGCCUCAGAGUCUCGUAGAUUUUCUGACAAUGGAGACAAACAUUCUGGCCCCAAUGAAGUUGUCUAUCCGGAUGAGGAAGAGGCUGCAUUUCUACGUUCCCUUGGAUGGGAGGAAAAUGCAGGAGAGGAGGAAGGUCUUACCGAGGAGGAGAUCAAUGCUUUUUACAAAGAGUAUAUGAAAUUGAGGCCAUCCUCAAAACUGUGCCGGGGCAUGCAGAAACCACAGUUUGAGCCUCAUGUGGGAAGUUUGGAACGUGGCUCCUCUGGAUUGAGUUCGUCUGACUCUGAAUCUGAAGCAUGAUGGACUGGUCCGUCGCCUACUGGCAGAGCCAGAUUUAUUUUGCAUGUUUUGGUGGCAAGAUGGCUUCUUUUCGUUCUUUCAUUUAUGGUUUUGAUUACAAUAUGGUGGAAAACCAAGAUGUGGAAUGGGACAGGGAAAGAAAGAUGGGAGGGGGUGUUGGGUGGGAUUUUCCUACCAUUGCCAUUUCCAAAGGGAGGUGAAAGUGCAAUAAGGUUACAUAUAUGCUCCAGUCUUGUGGAAAGUCUGUGAUGAGUUCCUCUGCCUGCCAAGACUAGGGUGUUCUGGGGUUUUCAUGUCUGAGUGGAGGCGGGGUAGGAUUAGGAUAGGGGUUUUGUUCUCAGUGUAAGAAGGGAGGAAAAUUGCGGGGAUUGGGAAAUCUGUUUUUGUCCCUUUUCUUUUCAACUUUU